AUGUCGAAUUCCGGGUUUGAUCGCCACAUUACGAUUUUCUCGCCUGAGGGCCGACUGUAUCAGGUCGAGUAUGCGUUCAAGGCCAUCAAAUCGACCAAUCUUACCUCAGUAGCCGUCAAGGGUAAAGAUUCUGCCGUCAUGGUGUCUCAGAAAAAGGUAGGCGACAAGCUGCUGGAUCCCGCAACCGUCUCCUACAUUUUCCCCAUUUCGCGUACCAUUGGCGCAACCAUGACUGGCCCCAUUGGCGACUCCCGUGCCGCAGUGUCGCGGGCCCGUUCAGAGGCUGCUGAGUUCCGCCACAAACACGGCUACGAGAUGCCCGUAGAUGCUUUGGCUAAGCGCAUGGCCAAUAUCAACCAGGUCUACACCCAGCGUGCUUAUAUGCGGCCCCUCGGUGUAGCCAUGACGCUCAUUGGCGUCGAUGACGAGCGCGGGCCGCUGGUUUACAAGUGCGAUCCAGCUGGUUACUACACAGGCUAUAAGGCUACCGCCACAGGCCCGAAGCAGCAAGAGGGCAUGAUUUAUUUGGAAAAGAAACUCAAAAACAAAGAGCAUGUAUCUGGAGACUGGCAGCAAGUUGUCGAAGAGGCGAUCAUCGCCCUGUCAAACGUGUUGGCAUUGGAUUUCCGUAAAAAUGACAUCGAGGUUGGCGUGGCUCUGCCCGAUGGCUCUUUCCGCACCCUCACCGUUGACGAGAUUGAGGAGCGCUUGGUCGCGAUUGCCGAGCAGGACUAG